AUGUUAUUCAAACAUGACAAGUCGCAUGUUGAUCUCUCCCUGGAGCUCUCUGACGAGAUCGACUGGCAAGCUGGUACUCUAAGGCACGUCCGCCAUCAUCUGGAUAUCACGGCCCUUGCCACAGAGCCCGUCUCAGGACUACUGGCAAUCGGUCUGAUCUCAGGGCAGGUCGUCCUGUAUGGAUCUCCGGGCGUAGAGUGUACUCUCCAUCUAUCGGAUCCUCCCGGAGCACGGGCAAGCUUCCUUAGCUUUGCUGAGACACUAUUUCGAUUGCUAUGUGUCGAUGACCGCCAUCGCCUACACAUUUGGGAUCUCUCGACACUCGGCAAACCUAGACUACUGAAAGUAGUACAUCUGCCUCAAGCUGUCAACUACUUUACUGUGUCUCCUUCACAUACACAUGCUUUCAUUGCCCUCGCGAAUGGCGAGAUCAAAACAUAUGAUCUCCUUUGCAUGAGAAUGUCUCCGUACAACAUACCUUCAGAUGCAUGGGCUCAAUACGAGGAGAAGGUACAUGCGAGCGGGAUGCCUGUGAUCCAUACACCCGGGUCAGAGCAAGUCGUGGAUGUGAUCAUUCAUCCCAGAGAUCUCAAUCUGCUCUUCGUUGCGUACGGAGGCGGGGUCAUUCUGACCGAUCUCAAGCAACGCAGUACCAUCCGUACGUAUGAGCUGGUACUUGGUCCAGGAGCGCCUGGCGGAACAGGUUACACUGCCCCGGACAUCCUCCUUCCCCGUCGGCCUUCUGUCACGGCGCUUGCGAUCCACCCAUCCGGCCAUGUCCUAGCGGUAGGUUAUGCAGACGGAACCAUCGCAUAUUGGGCGCUUGAGGACGAAGACCAUCCACUGUUCGUUCGUACGUUGGACGAGGAGGAGGAUGUCUUCGCAGUGGAUGUCACCAAGCUCGAAGCGGCCCUGUCAGCCAGCGACAACUCUAAGGGAACGGAGCGACACACGGAGAUCCGGGAACCUAUAUUCAAGCUAGCUUGGAGCGGCUUUCCGAAUUCUAGCGAUCCGCGGGGUGGUGACACUGUACUCACCAUCCUCGGUGGUCUGAGCCCCAACUCGCCGCCUGGUCUGACAACCUUCCUCAUGUCUCCUCUCAACCCUCCUGCACCGCCUGAUGCAGCAACGACCAAGAUGCCUUCGCAGCCGUCACUGCAUCCAGACGUUCGCGCCGCCAUGCAAGAAUCCCUGUUUCCCUUGGAUUCGCACAUCUACCAUACCGCCAGUGCAGUACAGGACUUCCUGCUCAUACCGCGUUCAAACCCGCACUUUUCUGGUACGUGGGAUCCGCAUGCUAUCCUGCUCCUCUCGGACAGUGAUUUGGACCCGACUGGGAGUACGCGUAUCGUCGACGCGUUCGAGUUCCCGCCCCCUACGUUCAUUGCGUCUUUGAUGGUGCCAUCGACGCCUGGGGCCGACGACCUGGACGACCCCUCGGUAGCGCUUAGCCAAGAGUUGGCAACGACGCUGGAAAGCAUGUCUCUAUCUUCAGACCCGCGACAGCUGCGCUUACCGUGGGCUUUCUGGACGGUGGCCGGAAGCGCGCUUUUCAAAGUAGACAAGGAAGCAUACAGGAGACUGGAGGGGGAAAGCUUGGAUGAUGCGCUACCUAUCAAGGGAGGGAAAGCCUGGGUCGAGGACACUGAGGGACAGAUGAAGCUCUUGAAGUUUCAGCCGCACCAUAUCCUGGUGACGCACGACCACGACUUGGUCAUCCGCUUCCAGGACCUAAGUGCACAGCUGCUGACCAGCUCCCCCGACUCGCCUAUGCAGUCUUCCUUCCCGAGUGCCUUGCCGGCCUUGACGAUUGAGCUUGGACCUCUUCUGCACGACCCGUCUCUCCGGCUCACCGCUCUGCAAUCAUCGGCCGCCGCUAUCGAGCCCAGACCAUCUGCUGUGCAGUCCAUUCAUCUCGCCCCCGAAUCACUAGAGUGUGUUACGGUGAUGAACAAUGGGGCCGUCAUUCUGAGCCGAUUCGACGCUGAGGGGGCUGCAAGUUCGUCAGAGAUCUCCGAUGAAGAGCUUGUCUCCCUCACCCAUGUUCCCGUGCGUAGCAAACUGCGGUAUCGUCCUUACCUUGCGGUCAGAGCCGGACGGGGGCAUGUCAGCGCGUGCGCGAUCUCAGACAUCGGCAAGUCAAUUAUUUCCUCCCAAACUACAUACACAUGGAUUUACAAUGGUUACGCAGGCUUCCUCGCUGUAGCGUAUAGCUCCGGUGCGCUUCUCGUCGUCGACAUGCGGGGACCUCGAGUGAUCCUUCGCAAUGCGCCAACCUCUAAGAAGGAUCACCGUCACUCUUUCCUCGGCGCGAAGCGUGAACCUAUCGUGGCCCUCACAUGGACGGCCUGUCCAAUUGAAUCAGACCCUAUUCCCCGCAUCCGUCUCAUCGCCACAACAUCCUCUGGAACCGCAUCAAUAUACACCGUCUCUCGCUCGUCGUCUGGCGCAUUCGCCAUCCCAGAUCCUCCUGUAUUCGUCGACGCUGCAUCUCACCCUCUUCCCUCUGGCUCCUUCGUGCUUGAUGCGAAAACAGGAGUGAGAGUUGCUGCAGAUCGGCAAGGGCUGUCCACAGUCCUGGAGGCCAAUGGCGCAGAGGGCGUCGGCAGACGCUGUGUAUGGGUAAGCGCGGGGACAAAGGGCGCGCGGUGCGUCGCGGACCUGGAUGGCGACAAGCUUGGCAAGGCGGAUUGGCCGUCGAAGGCGGGCGCAGUAGUGGGUGUCGACGUUGUCGAGAAGAAUGGUGGAUGCGCGUUGGUCGUGUUCACAGACCGCGGAGAGGCACUCAUCUAUUCGCUUCCGUUCCUCGAACACCUCCACACGCUGCAACUCCCACAAACCUCCCUCUCACACAUCUCCACCGACUCAACCGGCGACUACCUCACACACAUUCUGGAGCCCAUGACCGCAACAGGCAUAGCCCGCCAAACUGUCUACGGCACACUCUUCGCUACACGGCGGUCCGCGCCCUACGCUGCGCCCCUCGUCGACUUCAUGGCUGGCCACGGCUCCGUGCCGUCGCAGCCUGCGCCCGUCCCGCUCGAGCCACAGACCGUCAUCGGCUCCGUGCUCGGGUACCUCGGCCGCGGCGUCACGACGGGUGCUGAGAUCGACAUGCUGCUCGCAGGUCCGGACAGACCGGAGCCGCCAAAGUCGAUCUACGACCCGACGGGCCGCCUGCCCGCUGCGCAGCAUGACGAGAAGGGAAAAGACAAGGACACGGGUGCUGCGGGCGCGUCGUCAGUGAAAGCGGCGUCGGCGCAGAUGUCGAGCGGUGUGAGCGACUUGUACAACCGACUAGGCAGUGCGCUCGCAGAACGAGGGGAGAUGCUUGGAAACCUCGAAGAGCAGUUCAAUUCUCUGGAACAGGGCAGCAAAAAUAUGGUUGCGCAGGCGCAAAAAAUGGCUGCUCAGCAAUCCGCAAAGAGAUGGUUCGGUUUCUGA